ACUACUAGUAGGUACGUAGACUCUCUUCAGUUUCUUUCUCACUCUCUAUAUUCUUUCUCCCUCUUUCUUCGCCGUGUAUCAAAUUCCAAUAAAUUCAUACCAUAAAAGCGUUUUUUCUUUCUCUUUCACUUUAUUCCCUUUUAGUAGAAUCCUUAUCACAAGUCACAACCGCGUAAGUGAUUACUGAUUAAGCGAUUUUUCUUCUUCUUAUUCUUACAGCAUUAUUCUCUCUUCUCUAAUUCCUCUGUUUUUUUCUUCUCUUUUUCCUUAUUAAACCCUUCACUCAAAAUCAAAACCCAUUUUCAUAUCAACAAAAAGAUAAGAUUUUUACAACAAUUCUAACAAAAUUCAAAAUGGGUUUUGGAGUUUCCAUCAAUCUUCACCUUGUUUUGCUCUUUUCCAUGAUCUUUGUUUCUGCAUGGUCACAAGAUGAUGCUGCAAUGCAAAAGCUGAAAACUUCAAUCAAAUCAUCAAGCAGUAAUCUUGAUUGGUCAAACUCAGAUUAUUGCAAAUGGGAGAAAGUUACCUGUAAUGGAAAUCGUGUCACUGCAAUUCAAAUUGCAGAUACAAACAUUCAAGGUUCUUUACCAAAAGAAUUGAUGCAACUCACUGAGUUAACUCGGUUUGAAUGCAAUGGAAACAGUUUAUCUGGUGAUUUUCCUUACAUGCCAAUUUCACUUCAGCAUUUGUCUAUUGGUAACAACAAUUUCGCUUCGAUGCCGAGUGAUUUCUUCGCCAACAUGAGUAAUUUGAUUGAUGUGAGUAUUGGUUAUAACCCUUUUCCUCAAUGGCAAAUUCCUUCUAGUCUUAAGAAUUGUUUGGCCCUUCAGACAUUUUCUGCUAUAAAUGCUAGUUUUGUUGGUAUAAUCCCUGAAUUCUUUGGAAAAGAAACUUUUCCAGCUUUAACUGAUUUGUCUCUGUCUUUCAAUUCUCUUGAAGGGAAUUUGCCUAAUAGUUUAUCUGGUAGUUCUAUAUUGAAUCUUUGGGUAAAUGGUCAAAAGAGUAAUAAUAAACUCAAUGGCACACUUUCUGUUUUGCAAAAUAUGACAUCGUUGAAACAAAUUUGGGUUCAUGGUAAUUCGUUUACUGGUCCAAUACCUGAUUUAUCGAAUCAUGAUCAAUUGUUUGAUGUUAGUUUGAGAGAUAAUCAGUUAACCGGUGUUGUUCCACCGUCUUUAACUUCGCUUCAAAGUUUAACAGUUGUUAAUUUGACAAACAAUUAUCUUCAAGGGUCAGUUCCGAAGUUUCAAAAUAGUGUUCGUGUUGAUAAUGAUAUUGAUAGAGGGAUUAAUAGCUUUUGUACUAAGGUUGUUGGUCAACCAUGUAGUCCGGUUGUUAAUGCGUUGCUUUCGGUUGUUGAACCUUUUGGUUAUCCUCUUGAACUUGCUAAAAGCUGGAAAGGUAAUGACCCUUGUGGUGGUGAUAGUUGGAAAGGGAUUAUUUGUUCUGCUGGUAAUGUUUCAGUUAUCAACUUUCAAAACAUGGGUUUUUCUGGCAGUAUAUCUCCUAGUUUUGCUAGUCUUAGUUCUGUGACAAGGUUACUUCUUAGUAAUAAUCAUCUCACCGGCACUAUACCUAAGGAGCUUGCUAGUAUGCCGGCUUUGAAAGAGAUAGAUGUUUCGAGUAAUGCGUUGUAUGGUCAGAUACCAUUGUUUCGCGGAGAUGUUGUUGUUAAAACCAGUGGAAAUCCUGAUAUUGGAAAAGAUAAACCUCAUGACUCGCCCAACAGCCCUGGCUCUACUUCUGGAGGUAAAGAUAAGAAGAAAGUUAGUGUUGGAGUCAUUGUGGGGAUUGUGAUGGGAAUUGUUGGCUUUAUAAUUGCUGUAGGGGUUUUCGUAUUUAUUAUGUAUUGUAGAAGACAUAAUAAGCGUGAUGGCAAAAUUCAAACUCCGAAUGCGAUAGUGAUACAUCCUCAUCAUUCUGGAGAAGGAAAUGGUGUGAAAAUAAGUGUUGCAGCAGCUGAAAGUUCUGGUGCCGGUGUUACAGGAGGAACUGGUGGAUUUAGUCCAUCAAGGAGUGUUAAAAAUGUGGAAGCUGGUAGUAUGGUGAUUUCAAUUCAAGUGUUGAGAGAAGUUACAGACAAUUUUAGUGAAAAGAACAUAUUGGGAAAAGGCGGUUUUGCCACUGUAUACAAAGGAGAGUUGGACGAUGGAACAAAGAUUGCAGUUAAAAGGAUGAAAUCUGAAAUGGUUGGUGACCAAGGGCUGAAUGAGAUCAAGUCCGAAAUCGCGGUUCUCACUAAGGUUCGACACAGGCAUUUGGUUGCACUCCUUGGCUAUUGCUUGGACGAAAAUGAGAAACUUCUUGUCUUCGAAUACAUGCCUCAGGGAACUCUUAGUCAACAUCUCUUUGAUUGGAAAGACGACGGGUUGAAACCGCUUGGAUGGAAGAGAAGGCUUUCCAUUGCCUUAGAUGUUGCUAGAGGUGUUGAAUAUCUUCAUGGUCUGGCUCAGCAAAUUUUCAUCCACAGGGAUCUGAAACCAUCGAAUAUCUUGCUUGGAGAUGAUAUGCGUGCUAAAGUAGCCGACUUUGGAUUAGUUCGACUUGCUCCAGAAGGACAAGCUUCAUUCCAGACUAAACUUGCAGGAACCUUUGGAUAUAUGGCACCAGAGUAUGCAGUCACUGGCCGAGUCACCACAAAGGUAGACGUAUACAGCUAUGGUGUGAUUCUUAUGGAGAUGAUAACCGGAAAGAAGGCAAUUGAUAAUAGCCGACAAGAUGAGAAUAUCCACCUUGUUACAUGGUUCCGCAGGAUGCUACUGAACAAAGACUCAUUUGAAAAGGUCAUUGAUCCAGCAAUGGACAUCGACGAGGAAGGCUUGGAGAGUUUCAGGACUAUUGCAGGAUUGGCUAGCCACUGUUGUGCAAGGGAGCCUAAUCAGCGUCCUGACAUGGGACACGUAGUGAAUGUGCUAGCACCCCUUGUCGAGAUUUGGAAGCCGGCUGAACCUGAUGUUGAUGAUAUAUAUGGGAUUGACUUGGAUAUGAGUUUGCCUCAAGCACUGAUUAAGUGGCAGAAUCAUGAAGGAAUGAGCAACACACUUGAUGUUUCGUAUACUUCGUCAAUGGCUGCUAGUUGUGAGAAUACACAGUCAAGUAUACCACCUAGGUCUCCUGGAUUUGCAGAUUCCUUUACAUCUAAUGAUGCAAGAUAAAGUUUGAUAUGUAUGUAUGCAAAUGUUAACAUGUGCCCUUAUGGUACAUGUUAAGGAACUCAAUAUAGGAUAUUCAUCUUAAACAUUUUUAUAGUCAAAAGAUGUUUUUUUUUUUUUUUUUUUCGAUGCAAAAUUAGGACAACCCUUGUAAUACUACCCUUAUGGCUAUGAUGGUUGAGUUUCCAUACUACCCUUGGUUUUUUACUA